AGGUAGGAUUUGAUGGACGUUAUGGCAGAAGAACAAGAAGAAGGACCCAGCAGGAAGAUAGUUUCUAAGCUUAUGUUAAUUGGUAGUAGUGGUUUGCAGGAAUCCUCUACAGAGGUUGCAAAAAGAGCGGAAGAGCUACUACGAAGACAUCGAAGGAUAAAUGUGGACCAAGGAGCCCUUGGUCAUGAAGAGGCAAAUAAUUUAAGAGUUAUGCUCUUGGGCAUGGUUGAUGAUCCCCGAGUGAUGCUUAUCAAGCUUGCAGACCGUCUCCACAACAUGAGAACUAUUUAUGCUUUGCCACUACCAAAGGCUCAAGCUGUAGCACAGGAGACCCUAUAUAUUUGGUGCUCACUUGCUUCCAGAUUGGGUCUUUGGGCGUUAAAGUCUGAACUUGAAGAUCUAUGCUUUGCUGUUCUUCAGCCUCAAAUUUUUCGGAAGAUGAGGGCUGAUUUGGCAUUGAUUUGGAGCCCUAACAACAGAGCAGGAUAUCCAAGAAGAUUAUCUGCACAAGCUACCUUGGCAUCCACAUGUGAAACAUGUCCUAAUAGGAAGAUUGAAGAUUCAAUGGAGCUUGAUGAGGAAAUUAGUAUGGAGGUAAGCAUGUUGUAGAAUAAAACAUAACAUUUCUGAUAUGCUUAGUAAUGCAGAAGACUCCUUUAGACCUUUUAGUUUUACCUUUUUUUCUGAUGAAGGUAAAGGCAAGCAUGGCCUAUGGGGAGUUAAACUCACAAGAGUCUAGUAUAUGACCACUACGCUAAACUUGAUAGACAUUUUAAUAGCAUUAAACUGCUUCUUAAAUUGGCUUUUUUUUCUUAUUAUGAAUGCUUAUUAUGUUUUUUUAGUAAAUGUCCAUAAUUAGCAUAUGAAAAUUAAUGUCUAUAACGAGCAGUCAAAAUCCUUGCGUUCGUUAAAGCAUUUUAGGGCUUUUCCUUAAAGAUUGUCUCUUUUAUUUUUAGUCUUCUGUAGCUGCCUUACAAAGUUUCAGGGUGUAAUUCAACUGUUUUGGUGAAGUUAGCUGGUAAUUUGAUGCUCGAUAAAAUUUACACUGCAUGUGAGAAAAGCUAGGGUAAAUUACAAUAAUUACCAUUCUGUUUGACCUAUUCUACAGUUAGCCCGUUCAAUUUUGAAUAUAUUCACUUACCACCCGGUAACUAACUGAUCACUUUGAAACAUAAUAAAAAAUAUAAGUUACUACGUUCUUUUUUGUAAAUGCAGAUAUGCAAAGUCUUCUACCAACAUAAGUAAUGCUUAUGAAUAAGUAAUGCUUGUAGGUGUAAUUUUUUUG